AUGUCCAAACUUCUGAUGAAGAAGACAAAACAAGGGUUGGUUUCCUUGGUGCAAAUGAAUUGUGUUCUUCAUUGGAAGGAAGCAGAUGGGUCUAUAUAUUAUUCAUUUGAUGAAGAUGGAAUGUUUGUUCUUAUACAUGGAGGUGAUAUAAUUCACCAUUUAAAAACCACAUAUAACGAUGAGAACGUAGCAGAAGUGGUUCAAAACAUUAUUGCACAUGGUCAUCUUUCAUUGAACGAUUAUUUGAAUCAAUUUGAACUUGAAGAACGUAUUAGCAAAGAGAAUAUGUUUUUACGGUUGUAUAAUGAUGGAUGGUUAGUUCAAGUAACACCAUUAUCGUUCAGUCCAUUGGAAGAUGUUUGGCAAAGCAUAUAUCAAGAAUCAUUGAGGAAUACACCAAGAAAUGCCACUACUUCUGAGAUCAAAAGAGUCAAUGAAGCUAAAGAGGCUUCCAGAAUAAGAUUCAUGGAAAUGAUAGACACAAGAGAUAACCCUAAAGAUGCUCAUAUAAUUGACCAUGGGGUUCAGAAAUUGAAUCCUGAAUUGGUGGUCAAGUUUAGUUUAUCGAGAUAUGAAAAGCAUUUGCGUACGGAGUUGUUAGCUGGACUCAUACGUCUGAGAAUAGGACCAUUAACAGCAGAAAUAUUCCGUCAUGGGUUGAAGAUUGUAGAGAAGAAUUCACCAAACAAAAGACACUAUUUACUUAAGAUUGACGGCAUUAUCAAUGACCCAACAGAUGAACAAGAGUUUGUGAGCAAAAUUGAAAAUCGGUUAACGGAUGAUCGAAAGAUUGUGUUCACCGUAAGAGAGUUGCUUGCACGAUUACCCAAAUCAGAUGAGCUUGUAUUGGAUGGCUCCAUUUUGACGGAGAACUUUGCCAAACCAUUCAAGCGGAGAAUGGAAGACGAUGGACCCCAUAUUUCCAAGAAGAUAAAGUUGGAAAGUGAUAGUAAUAGUAGUAGUAAUGGUAACGAUUUUAAUCCUACUACCAUUGCUUUAGCUGCAUCUGCAUCUGCUGCCGACCAAGACUUGAAUAUUGUAUCACAUCAUUUACGUCUAUUGACAGCACAAUCUUUCCUUAUAGAAGUAUCACCAGGAAGCUUUGCGGUACCAUUCACCUCGUUAACUGAAAAGUUGAGAGAACAUAACUUUGAGAUGUUAGUGAAAUCUACGUUGGGACCAAGUAGUUUCCGGAUAUUAAGAUGCCUCAAGAGGUUGAAGUUGGGAGACGAGAAGCUGAUAGCCAGUGAAGUGUUUCUUAAGGGGGAGGAUUUGAGAAGUGCCUUAUACAAGUUGGUACUUAAUAAAGUAGUAGAGAUACAGGAGGUACCUAGAAGUGCUGAUCGUGCUGCCUCAAAAACAUUCUUCCUUUAUAGACACAAGCCAUUCACAAGUUACCUGUAUCUUAAGGAACUGCUUUGCUUUUCUAUGGCACAAUGUGUAUCGCAGGUACAAAAGUUCCGUGAUGAGAAUAAGCUUUUACUUAGUAAGACAGAAAGAGUUGACGUUAAGGGGUUUGAGGAAGAAAUGUUAAUGGAACUGGAUUUUAAAGCGUUGCAGAAACUUCGUCAAAGAGAGCUUUUCAACCUUGGUAAGUUUAAUCGAAUUAAAAGCUUGUACAGCAUAUUUCAAUAG